GUCGAAACAUAUUAACGUUUGGUAUACUGCAGAAUUCUGUUUGGUCUACUUUGCAGCCAGUUCAUCGUUCGACACUUGAACAUCUUUUCUAAGAAUCUCUUUACCUUCAUCCCCGCGCCUUCAGUCAUUCAUUAGACAAGUGCCCGCCAACCAUAGAUAAUUAACGCCGAGGGCGUAUUCAUCCAGGGACACACUCUACCUACAACUCUCACAACAGAUGGGGGUUGAAGCAAGUCGCCCUCCGGCUACUACUCCCAUCGGCACUUCAGAAAAGCCAGCGACUGAGGUCGUAAACACCGCUCAUGCUCCGUGUGCAACCGCCGUGUCCGCUGUGAGCGCAGGUGCCACUAGCGAGUUCACGCCCGGUCAUAUUAAAGCAACUUCCAGGGCCGAUGCGACUGCGUCUAGGAACAAGGCGAUCGUGCAUGAAGACAAAGCUAUGGUUAUUGUGCCUAUGCCGGACAAUGUUCCGCUUGAUGCGUCCUGCGCGGCGGAUGCCACCGCAGCUACUAGCAUAGAGACACUCGGCCUUGAUUACGCAUCAGUGACCCGCCAAGAGACAAAAUGCAACCAAGACUUUUAUAUCCCGGACCUUGUACUACAAGGACCUCCGUGUACACCGGAGAAUGAACCUGUCAUUUCCAGAGGCUCCGGCGCAUCAGAGAAUAUUAUUCUACUGCCGUUAAUCGAAAGAAAAUUACCUGUCAUACUUAAAGAAGAAGAUGUGCCUGUCAAACACCCGGCCAAUAAUUCCCUAGACUCGAUUUCAUCUGCAAUCAUUCCCGAGUCAUUUGAAACAUCAGAAUCACCGUGUCUUGGUCACGUACAACAGCCAUCCUCUAAUACCACUCAGCGACUUAUCACCACCGCAUCCAUAGAAAUCAGUUCGUCUCCUUGCAAGAACAGCAUUAUCACACCCGAUAUAGCAUCUACAAAUGUCAUUCCUUCCGUCUUUGAAUCCGCCACUAAGUACAAUAUGGAGAAUACCAGCAGGACCUAUACAACUACGCCUAUCAAGACCAAAGGUACAGCAGUGCCUGUUGCGGUUACAUAUGCGGACGCCACAAACUUAGCCGCACAAUAUCCAGACCUAGCCUCUCAGAUCCUUGUUUCACCACUGCGGGAGCACACCGCAUGUCAGGAAAUUACCCUGACAUCCGAACAGAAUUUGAUCAAGGAGGACCCGCCAAGCAAGCGUAGGCCUCGUCGACAUCGCAGGCACAGGAGUAAACGUUCUCGGGAAAAUCAAGAAGAAUCGCAGCAACAAAGUCGAGGAUCCUUGUGGACCCCGGGACCUGAUUCUUCUCCAUCCCGCCACAAGGAUCCCAGUUCCGCUUCUGGGUUGGUCGAUCUGAAAGGGACCUCCGGAUUUCAUUCCGCGCAUGAUUCUCGGCAGCCGGAUUGGUUGGUCGAUUCUGCGCUGCCUACGCCAACUCCAUCUGUAGAACGUGCCCCGUCACUCCAGACGAAUCGGCAUACAGCUCCAGUGCCACCACAAGAAAGAACGCGCAACUACCAACAAGAAAGUGAUGACACGAACUGGGGCGCUCCCGCAACUGAAAUUCAGGCUUCGAUUUCACCUCCUAUGAGAUUUGCAACGCCGAAACGAGCUCAUAUUCAAGAACAGCACAGCGCUAUGCCUUUACAGAGCGAAGAGCGUGGUGGUACUACCAAGGCUACGAAUCUGGCGACUGCUUCUAUCGGGCGACGUUCGAGUAAUGCGGAGAUGUUGCUCACGGAGCUGUUUCGCAAGGCGAUGGAGACAAGCAGCCCGUCUGUGACAAAGUUUCGCCACCCCGAGCAUAGUCCUCUUAGGAAAUCUCAAGCUGAAGGACCGGAUCCUAUCAAGGCACUCGUAGCAGAGACUGCAUGCUCGGUGAAUCAGGUGGAGAAGAUCAUGGAAAGAGACUCCCCUCGGGUCAAAUUGCCAGCUCCAUCGACGCCUCCGAUGAAGACUUCUCCCAAUCCUACACACAAGUCCCCAACAGCUUGGAUGGAAGAAGACUACACUAUACGCCAAAGUUUUACACCCCCAAGCGUGCGGACACACGACCACACUUUAAGCCAGAGUUACUUGCCCCCAGCAGCACGGACGACGGAAGACCACGCUAUACCGCAGAACUACAAGCCUCCUCACCAGCGCCUUAACGAGAGCAAGAUAACUACGCAGAAGCCGCACAUUAACCACACUUCCUCGCUGAAUAGGCAUUCGAACCCUUGCACGCCGCCUUCUCCGCGCGCGAUUGAGUUGAUAGAAAGAAGGGAACGCAUUCGUCAUUUAGAACGACUUCUUUCAAGGGAGCGCGAUCUGCCGAUCAGCAUCACCGGGCUUGCUGUGCCGUCACCCAAACCGACGCAGAUGUUACAGCCCAUCGGACCGUGGCGGGCUUCUGACGAAAAGGCGUUCCAUGAGGGCGGCGCGAACGAUGCCGGUACCGGCAGUAAUCAGUCUUUAGAUCUCGUGCGCGUAAUGCAGGCGAUGGGCCUGGGCAUUUCUUCGAGGAAGGAUACUUUGGCUUCGCUCAGGAAUGGCAACCCAUCUGACAUACGAAGGCAGCCAGGUACUAUGACGAUGGAGGACGGCAUCAUGCGGAAUGACUUUACACGCGCGGUCCGUUCACAUGGCUUGAGGUCGCCUCGCGGAGGCGGAGGAUAUAGAGUGUGAGUACGGGGACUUGAACGUUCCAGUUACAGGGUGGACGCGCUAUAGAUAGAUGAAGGUCCUGGCCUGGAUUAAUAGCGAGGGAAUAUUUGGUUGACAGUGAGAAGAGAUGAAUGAUCAAUUGAUCAAUAUGAUGAGGUGGACUAAAGUUGUCACGUGCGUGUGUGAACUGCAACCUUGUUUGAGUCUAUUUUCGGAGAUUAAGUAUAUUCAAAUUUAGAAAUGAAGUAUUGC